AUGGCAGGCACAGUGAAUGAAGUCGACGAAGUCAUUCGAAACUGGAAUGCAGACAACCCAACUGUAGUUGGGUACGUGGUUAUCACCGCUGAUGGAAUCCCCAUAAAAUACCACGAGAAGAUGCCGUAUGAGAAAGCCGUGCAGUACGCUGCACUAAUGUCGUCCUUUUGCAUGCGGUCGCGGCAAUGCAUCCGAGAACUGCUUCCAACCGAUAACGACUUGACUUCUGUUCGACUUCGGACAAAAGAGGGCACCGAGAUUAUCGCAACGCAGUUUGCGGGAUACACGUUCAUUGUCAUCCAGAACUGCACUGGAAAACCUUACGAUUACGGCGAAGAGAGCAUGGAUCAGAAAGAGCAAGAAUGGGAGGAGCUCUGA